UGACCGAGGAAACAGUCAGUGAUCUUACCGGAAGUAUCGGCGCGAAGCGAUACUGUCACUGUUUGGCUAUUGUUUGGUGCCAAUGCUGGCAAUUUCUUCUCAGAAACUGUGUGAAGCCGACCGAUAUCUUUCUCAUUAGCAACUUACUAUCAAAUGCCCAGGGAUCGACGAGUACCGGCAAAAAACAGAGCUGAUGUCCGGAAUCAAAGAGCACUUAAGCUUCAGAAUGCAACGCCCACACCAAUCAACUCACAGCCGAGCCCCACAAUACCCGAGUUGAUUCCUCCUCCUCCAGUGCCACCCAAUCCGGGUAGCUGUGCAAAGACCAACACGAUCUUUGCACAGAAUCCGUUUGAUGACCAACCAAUACCAUCUCUGAACAUGCCAAACAAACAAAUGAUGGCACAUGCCCAACCCGUUGGGCCACCAUCUGGCCCCUCUGAGAAGGUCUACCCGCGAAACAAGUCGAUGGUCUUUAAUCCUGCCAACCCUAAUGCCCCGCCCAUCUACCCUUGCGGCACCUGUCAUAAAGAGGUUCACGACAGUGACCAGGCCAUUCUCUGUGAGAGCGGCUGUAACUUCUGGUUCCAUCGCAUCUGCACUGGUUUGACAGAGGACGCUUAUCACCUGCUAAGGGCAGAGGUCUAUGCAGAAUGGGUCUGCGACAAAUGCCUAUCGACCAAAAAUAUCCCACUGGUGAAGAUGAAGCCAUGAAGCAAGUUUGCCAGAAGAAUAAAACACAACAACAACAACAACAACUUCAUUCUGAUUUUUUUUUUAUCUCCAGUAGUACAUCACUACACACAUAUAUAAAUAUAUAUAUAUAUAUGUAUAUAUACACAUUUAUAUAUAUAUAUAUAUAUAUUUUUAUAUAUAUCUUCAUAAUCAUAACACUGAACAAAAGAACUGUUUUAGAAUAUGAUUGCUGCCAAAUCAAUCAUUACUAACAUCUUCAUAUAUCAUGUGUCAUUCUACAGACAAAUCUUUCCUUUUUAAGUUCUUUUUACAUUUUUUUUUUAUCUUUUACUUUCUUUGAAUAAAUUAAAAGAAAAAAAAGAGACGAACAAACAAUAAACACCUCUUGUCAACUAGCAAUAAAGAACUAAUUGUUUAAAGCCGUCCACUGCAUAAUAAUAUCUUCGUGUUAGACAACCUGUAUUUUUUCAAGGCAUUGCCUUUGAUUUGUUCAUGACUACUGUACAUUUUUGCUUGACCCUCUUUCUCUCUUUCAUUCCCUCUCUCUUCCUCUUUUUGUCUUCCUCUUCCUCCUCCACUUGAUUUAAAACUUAUUUAAUUUUAGGUUGAAAAUUAUAUUGAACAAAAGUAUUCACUCAAGUAUGUAUUUAUUUCUAUCAUAUACAUUAACACAAAUACACACACAUAUAUGCAACAAGGGCAAAUGAAAUGAAGAAAAAAAUACUCAAUAUUGAAAAGCAAAACAAGGUGGCGA